CAAUCUUCCUUUCCAGACUUGAUUCCAUUCCCUGAUAUCUUGGAUGUGACUUGUCAUUGGUAAUAACAUGUAUGCCAGAAGUAUGUCAGAUGUGUUUUGAUAUUGCUAAAGUAUGGUAAUAUUAGGCAAGCUUCUUUUGUUUCUCUGAAUAAUUUCACAUUGUAAGUGUAAAGAAAAAUAAAUUCUUUAGUGGAGGAUACCAGAGUAAUACAGAAAUAUUUGAGACCCUAACGACAUGCACAAUACACCCUUAAGGCAGAACGUUGCUAGUUGGCCUCCACCAGCUUGGCCUCCUGGCUUAUGUGGGCCACCACUCUCCGCAGAACUUGGCGAUGCUGGCCUGUCUGCCGCCUGCGCUGUCCGCCUGAGCCCUAGCCUCUCAUCACAUGCACUUGUUUUUAACACUUGAAAUGUGGUUCAUAUUGACUGAGGUACUGUUUUUAAUUUAAUUAAUUAAUUUUACUUUAAUUAGCCACACAUGGCUAGUGGUUACCUUGUUGAACAGCACAGGUGUGGAUUAUUUUGGUUAGGGACAAAAAAGAACAGGUGUUUAAUCUAACAGAGCUUUAAACCACUUCAAGGCUCUAAAAAGCUGUUUACUCAGCAGCAGCAGUCAGAUGGCAGAAGGUGGCUGGAGGGCCUGCUACCAGAAGGGACUUGGGUGCAGACAUGCAGAGGUUUUUAUGAAGGACUCUGAAUAUUCAUUUAUUUUAAUUAGGAAUGUGAUAGAAGUGUGAUAUAGGUCAAAAUGGAAAAUAAAACAAUGGUAAAAUAAAUUCAGUCCUACAGAUAUUUAUUGGAUUCCUUGGGGCCAGAUAUUGUGUUAAAACGUGAAGCAGAGAUGGCAGAUUUGGGGCUGGCAAAUGGUCCCCUCUUGUAUCUAUCACUAAUGGAUUACUGCAGAUUUCUUCAGGUUUUUUUCCUGUUUGAAUAGAGGCAAUAUUGGAAUACCUUUCUGUGGAAUACCACAAGCAAAGGUGGCAUAUAAGGUAGACAUGUUUACUAUGUCUGCUCUAGAAGUACAGAGAUAAAGACUCAGUGUCUCUUCUCAAGGAGAUCAAUCCUAGUCUAAUGCAUAACAAGUAGAUUUAAAGUAUGUGUAGAACAAUGUUGCUCGUGUGAAACCUUCAUAAGAUUGGAUAUCAAUGAUACCUUAAUAAGUAAAAAAAAUAAAGAAAUAAAGCAUGUAUAGAAGAUAGUGCAAAAGAAGGGGAAUGAUCUAGAACAGGAAUUUUUAACCUUGGUGUGCUUCAGGCUUUUAGGAUAUUUGAAUUCCUUGUAAUGUCAGUAAUAUGUUGUAUGUUCACAACAGUCUGUUUUUCUGGGGAGAAGGUUCUGAAAAAGAUAAAAAUGGUUAGAACCACUUACUGAGUGGGGGACAGUCGAGAAAGGAUUCCACAGUAGUUGAUGUCACGUUGAGUUUUGAAAAUAUUAAAUAGUCAUUUACUAGGUGGACAGGCAGAAAAUAACUAAUGUAAAGGCCUGGAUACAUGAGAUAGUGUGCCAUAUGAAAUACAUGAAAUUUGGUAUUGAUAGGUCAUUAAGUACUGCUGAGACUGGAGAGGCUGGGUCAAAAAAGGCCUCGUAUAAUUCUAAGGAUAUGGAUUUGAAGGUGAUGGGAAGUUAGGAAGAGGAAUUAAGCAAGGAAAAGAUGAGAGACAGAUUUUGAUGUCAUGCUACUUAAUAUUUUACUUAUAUUAUUAUCAACCUAGUUUUAUUUUGGUACAUAAAUGAAUGACACUUGAGAACAUAGUUGAGAAUAGGGUUCUUGUCAUUUUUCUCAAAUCUUGACAAAUAUGAGAAAUACUUCACAUUUCUAUCACCACAACGGUGGUUUUCACGAAGAAACAAACCUCCUUGGUAGGAAAGCACUCAGGGAUGCCCUCACUAUUACUGGCUUCUGACACUUCAGCUGUUAAUACCACACCCUAAGCUAGUUAGUCUAUAAUAAAUAAGUCUUAAAUAUUUAGAAACAAUCUUAUUUAAAGACCCUAUCCUUUUAUAUCAAACUGUAUGAAAUAGCUGAUAUUUCAAAACUUUCUUGUAGUUCAACAUACAUUUAAUAACCUAUUUGUGUUCUUAAUGGGCUUCUAGUUUAUUUGAUUUUGAGUUUAGGGAACAGUGGUCAUAUCCAUUGCCUUUUAUCACUUACAUCUGUAUUAACAAUAACGAUAAAGAUAAUCUCCUUUCCUAAAAUUUAAAUGUGAGAAACAUAUCUCUAAGCUUAGAUUGUGAGUCUGAGUACAAAAUCCAAAAAAAAGAAAAGUCUGUCUUACUUCUUUAGAAAGUCUAGGUCUUGUGUUUAUCCAGACAUCUGUGAGGUUUUUAUCAGUGGAUUCACAGUUAAUGAUUGCUUAUGGUUUCUUCUGUCAGCUUUUAGUUUGGAUGCUGAACAGCCUGAUUAUGAUUUGGAUUCUGAAGAUGAAGUAUUUGUGAAUAAACUGAAAAAAAAAAUGGACAUCUGCCCAUUGCAGUUUGAGGAGAUGAUUGACCGUCUAGAAAAAGGCAGUGGUCAGCAGCCAGUCAGUCUGCAGGAAGCCAAACUACUGCUAAAAGAAGAUGAUGAAUUAAUUAGAGAAGUUUAUGAAUACUGGAUUAAAAAGAGGAAAAACUGUCGAGGGCCAUCUCUUAUCCCAUCAGUAAAACAGGAGAAGCGAGAUGGCUCAAGCACAAAUGAUCCUUAUGUGGCUUUUAGAAGACGUACUGAAAAAAUGCAAACUCGAAAAAAUCGCAAAAAUGAUGAAGCUUCUUAUGAAAAAAUGCUUAAGUUGCGUCGAGAUCUGAGUCGGGCUGUUACUAUUCUAGAGAUGAUAAAAAGAAGAGAAAAGAGUAAAAGGGAGCUAUUGCACUUAACACUGGAAAUUAUGGAAAAGAGGUAUAAUUUGGGUGACUACAAUGGAGAGAUCAUGUCCGAGGUUAUGGCACAGAGACAGCCAGUGAAGCCUACUUAUGCCAUCCCCAUCAUCCCUAUUACUAACAGCAGCCAGUUUAAACCUCAGGAAGCAAUGGAUGUGAAGGAGUUUAAAGUUAAUAAGCAAGAUAAAGCCGAUCUUAUCCGACCUAAACGUAAAUAUGAAAAGAAGCCCAAAGUCGUACCAUCGUCCGCUGCUGCUCCUCCACAGACGAGUCCUGCUGCACUGCCGGUCUUUAAUGCGAAAGACUUAAAUCAGUAUGACUUUCCGAGCUCAGACGAAGAACCUCUCUCCCAGGUUUUGUCUGGCUCUUCAGAAGCAGAAGAAGAGAAUGACCCCGAUGGUCCUUUUGCCUUCCGUAGGAAAGCAGGAUGUCAGUACUAUGCUCCUCAUUUAGACCAAACUGGCAAUUGGCCUUGGACUAGUCCUCAAGAUGGAGGACUAGGGGAUGUACGAUACAGAUACUGCUUAACUACCCUCACUGUACCCCAAAGGUGUAUUGGAUUUGCACGAAGACGGGUUGGGCGCGGUGGCAGGGUCUUACUGGACAGAGCUUACUCAGACUAUGACAGUGUGUUCCGCCAUCUGGAUUUGGAAAUGCUUUCCUCACCACAGCAUCCUCCAGUUGAUCAGUUUGCCAAUACCUCAGAAACAAAUACCUCGGACAAACCUUUCUCUAAAGACCUCAGUCAGAUACUAGUCAAUAUCAAAUCAUGUAGAUGGCGGCAUUUUAGGCCUCGGACACCAUCCCUACAUGACAGUGACAGUGAUGAACUCUCCUGUAGAAAAUUAUAUAGGAGUAUAAAUCGAACAGGAACAGCACAACCUGGGACCCAGACAUGCAGUACCUCUUCACAGAGCAAACGUAGCAGUGGUUCAGCACACUUCGCAUUUACAGCCGAACAAUACCAGCAACAUCAACAGCAGCUGGCACUAAUGCAGAAACAGCAGCUUGCACAAAUUCAGCAACAGCAAGCAAAUAGUAAUUCCUCCUCCAACACUUCACAGAACCUUGCAUCUAACCAGCAGAAAAGUGGCUUUCACCUGAAUCUACAUCAUAGCCAUUCUAUACAGGGUUUAGAAAGAACAUUACAGGGUUUUGUUUCCAAGACUUUGGAUUCUGCUAGUGCUCAAUUUGCUGCUUCUGCUUUGGUGACAUCAGAACAACUGAUGGGAUUCAAGAUGAAGGAUGAUGUGGUGCUUGGCAUUGGGGUGAACGGGGUCCUUCCAGCCUCAGGAGUAUACAAGGGCUUACACCUCAGUAGUACUGCGCCAACAGCACUUGUACAUACGAGUCCAUCAACGGCAGGUUCAGCUUUGUUACAGCCUUCAAACACGACACAGACUUCAGGUUCCCACAGUGCACUGAGUCAUCAAGUAACUGCUGCCAAUUCUGCAACAACUCAGGUUCUGAUUGGGAACAAUAUUAGAUUAACUGUCCCUUCAUCGGUUGCCACUGUAAACUCUAUUGCCCCCAUAAAUGCACGACAUAUACCUAGGACUUUAAGUGCUGUUCCGUCGUCUGCCUUAAAGCUGGCUGCCGCAGCAAACUGUCAAGUUUCCAAGGUUCCAUCUUCAUCCUCCAUAGAUUCAGUUCCAAGGGAAAAUCAUGAAUCAGACAAGCCAGCACUAAACAACAUAGCAGACAAUACAGUAGCGAUGGAGGUGACGUAGCUUCCUCAGCAGUAGAAUUGCAGCCUGGGGACUUGAUUAGGUGCUAUGCAUCAGUAGCAUUUUGAAUGCAAGGGAUGACGGAAUGCAGCACAUGCGUUUCUGUGGCAGCUGUGGGGACUUGACAGCAAUGCUCAUCUCUCAUGCUUCAAUUUUUCUUUUCUUACUGUUAAUAGGAAAAAAAACAUCUGUAAAUUAAGAAUACAGCAAUUAUCUGUACAGUACUGCAUAUUUGUAAUACCCUUGUAUAUAUGUUACUUGAAUACAGAAAUGUUCAUUUGUGAUGCUUUGCACUUGGGGGUGGGGGGUGGGAGGGACAUAAAUUGCAACAAAGAGUGUGAGAUGUGAGAUUGUAUAGAGAUGAAGUGUCAUCACAUCAUGUGCAUGGUGCGGAACCUGCUGUUUUAUCUAUUUAUUGUGCCGUGUUUACAGUUUUUUGUACACUGUACCUUCAUUGGUUCCUGUGCUGUAGUAAAUGUGUUAGGUAGCUGUGGACUCCUUGGUAUUUUGUAAAUGGUAUAACAUAACUUGGUUCCCCUCUGGGUCCCUGAGUUUUCUGUGUAUCAUGUGAAAAAAAUGGUGACAUACAUACAGAAUUUUACAAAAAAAAAAAAGGCAUCAGUUUUUUAAAAAUGGGGAAUGUACUGUUAAAUGGGGAUCUUCCUGGUCUACUAUCAUUAGGAUAAGUAACAAGCUAAAAAUGAAGUCUCUUGAAUCUUUCCAUCCCCACUUGCCCACAAAGCUGUGGGUAGUUUUGGUACUUAAAGCACUAAUGUUAUGUUGCUGCUCUACAAACAGCUCAGUAGUCCCAUUUCCUUCCACACCAAAAAGUGUUAAAUCAAGUAUGCAAAUGGAGUCCUUCCAACUGGAGUUUAUGUUGUCUUGCCCUUUUUUUAGCACAAAAAAAAAUUGUACUUUUUUAUUGUCAAAUUGUUUAAAAGACUUCAUUCUUUACUUGUUCUUACAAAAAGGAUAUAAGGGAGAAGAAUGCAGUAAUUGCUGUACGUGUAUCAUCAUUCCAGUUUCUAAAACAGCCAGCCAGCUUUUUUCCUUUUAAGAUUCUCCAGAAGGCUGCAAGGCCAGAACCACACAUAUCGGGUGCCUUCCUUUGGAAAUAUUUGACCUCUCUUCUGUGAAGAGAAUGGUACUUUACAGACUACUACUUAGUGCUUCGUCAGUACCGAAGUCUGGAUGCCCAUUCCAAUGGCAUACAUUAUCCUUAAGGUUUUUAAUCCCACCUGGAAAAAUUGUGAUAGAAUUCUCACAAAAUAAACCCAGGGCAUUACAUGUUGACAAACUAA